UGGCGGUCCACGAGUCAAUGAUAUUACAUAUAACUGACGAGAAAUUCUAUAUUGCGCCGAGGGACUCAGGCACUAAGGAAUUAUUGGUCAUUGAUAGAAACAGCACAGAGCUUACUCUAGAAGGUACUGUCAACCUCCCAAAUUUUGUCAAGUCAAUAUGUGGAAUUAUGGGGAUAAUCCGCCUUGUUGGUGGACCUUACCUCAUAGUAAUAAUGAAAAAAGUCAAGGUCGGAGAAAUCGACAGCCAGACAAUAUGGAAGGUAGAGGAGACUGAAAUGAUUCCCUACAAACGAUCAACUGGACACCUUACAGAGGACCAGAUCCAAGACAACAAAAUAUAUGAAUCCAUGACUAAAUUAGUGUUAGAUUUACCUGGCUAUUAUUUUUCAACGACGUAUGACCUCACUCAUAGUUUAGCCAGGCUGCAUAACACUAGUCCGGAAUUUUUAUCAAUGUCUCUUCAUGAAAGGGCAGACCAGAGAUUUGUAUGGAAUGGCCAUCUUUUACGAGAAUUAGCAAAUCAACCUGAACUUCACAGGUUUACGCUACCAGUAAUGUUAGGUUAUGUUGGUAUUCAUUCUGCUGCAAUCAAUGGUAGAAGUUUUGAUUAUAUAUUGAUGUCAAGACGGAGUUGUUUCCGUGCUGGUGUGCGUUAUUACAUGCGUGGUGUAGAUAGUGAGGGCCAUGCUGCAAACUACGUUGAAACCGAACAAAUUGUGCAAUAUGAAGGGAACAAGUCAUCCUUUGUGCAGACCAGAGGAUCUGUUCCGAUGUUUUGGUCUCAAAGACCAAAUUUAAAGUACAAACCUAAACCAUUGUUGAGUAAUACACAAAAACAGUUGGAUGGAUUCCAGAGGCAUUUUGACAGUCAGAUUGUGAAUUAUGGUAAACAGGUUAUUAUAAACUUGUUGGAUCAUAAAGGUGCUGAAGACAAAUUAGAGAAAGCUUUUGCAAGAUAUGUUUAUGAAACCGGAAACAACUCUCUUAAGUAUGAAGCUUUUGAUUUCCAUUAUGAAUGUAGGUAUUUUAUGUUGCGCCGUGAUGGAUUUUGUAUAAGGCAACAGGAAGGGGUAUUCCGUACAAAUUGUAUUGACUGCUUAGAUAGGACAAAUGUAGUUCAAAGUUUACUCGCAAGAAGAAGUUUACAACAUCAAUUAGAGAAAUUUGGUGUGCUCAAUCCUGGACAAAAUGUACAUGACCAGGUGCAUUUUGAAUAUAUAUUUAAAAAUACUUGGGCAGACAAUGCUGAUUAUUUAGCUGUUCAUUACUCCGGGACUGGUGCUCUUAAGACAGACUUUACAAGGACUGGUAAACGGACCAAGUGGGGAUUACUGAAAGACGGCUACAAUUCAUCGAUUAGAUAUUAUAAAAAUAAUUUUUCAGAUGGUUUUAGACAGGAUGCAAUCGAUUUAUUUCUUGGGAAUUACAUUGUGGAAGAGGGGGAGGGUUACAUCGCACCAUCGCCAUUACAAAAACAAAAAGAAGCAAAAUUCAUUGCACUUCCAGUCAUUGCAUUAGUUGCUAUCUCUAUGUGUAUAAUAUGCCUUCUUAUACCAGCUGCCGAGUUCUACCAGCAGGCAAUGUAUGUGUUGUUUUGGGCAGCGGCAACCAUGGUUACUCUUGCAAUUAUUUAUGCUAAUGGGGUGGAAUUUGUCGAUAGACCGAAACUAACACAAGCCAAAGUCAAGAGUGAUUAGAUAUAUCCAGUAGCAACAGACGUUCGUUAUUCAGUAGUGUAUUUUAAUAAUCAGUGGUAUGUUUUUGAAAGAUGAAUCUCUACAGUAUUCAAUUUCAUCAACAUUUCAUCAAAAAUUAUUUGCUAUUUCCAGUCUGAGCUAAUAACCAUUUGUCAUUAUUAAGUAAGAAGGUGUAAAUAAAUUAACGUUGUCAGAAUGAAUUUUAUAGCAUAAUAAUUAAUACAGUGGUUUUAUAUACACUUUUAAAUUUAAAGUAAGUUGAUGCAUAAUGUGCAUGAAAUGCC